AUGAAGAACUGUAGAGAUGCCAAAUGCUACACUACAAAUGCUGAUUUUGCUCCACCUGAGUACACCAAAACAGGUAAUCUAAUACCAGAGAGUGUGAUUUUCAGUUUUGGAACUCUCUUGUUUGAUCUUCUCAGCGGGAAACACAUUCCACCUAACAAUGCACUUGAGUUAAUAGAUAGCAAGGAUUACUUUGCACUAUUAGACGCGAGUUUAGUGGGCAAUAUUCCUAAAAAUGAAGCGAUGGAGUUAAUCAAGCUAGUUUCGCGUUGUAUGCAGAACGAACCUAGUGAAAGGCCCAAUACAAAGUCUCUUUUAGGCACCCUUGCACCACUUCAGAAAGAAACCGAGGUAAUGCUAGCUCCUUCCCGCGUUACAGCUACUCCGGUAUUAACGCCUAUAGCGGAAGCUAUUGCGAAUGGGGAUCUUUCUGUUAUAUAUGAGAUCUUGCAGAAAGUUGGUUACAAAGAUGAUGAUGGUGUGGCAAAUGAGCUUUCUUUCCAAAUGUGGACGAGUCAACUUCAAGACACCUUGAGUAGUAUGAAGCUUGGGGAUGCAGCCUUCAAAGUGAAGGACUUCAAUAAAGCGGCUGAUUGUUAUACGAAAUUCCUUGGGUUGGGGGUCAUGCCGUCGCCAACAGUAUACGCGAGAAGAUGCGUAUGUUACCUUGAAAAGAAUAUGCCACAAGAAGCACUUGCAGAUGCCACACAAGCUCAAGCGUUAUCACCUGAAUGGCCAAUCGCGUUUUAUCUUCAAGCGGCUGCUCUCCUUAAACUAGGAAUGGAAAAUGAUGCCCAAGAAACGCUAAGAGAUGGCUCUCUAUUGGAAUCUAAGAAGAAAAGAAAAUGA